UAUUUUUCCUUUGAUAAAAUUCCACCUGUGCAGCACCACAUUCAUCAACAACGGAUCAAAGAAGAUGCAGAUGUGAUGUCAAAAAGUAGGAUGUCAAGCAGCACAUGGCCCAAGCUUCUUCUUUUCGGCGAUUCAUUGACUCAGAUACAAUCAAGGACCAGAUAAAAAAAAUCCUGAACCUCAAGGCCUGUAUUUCCUGUACACUGUCUUGACUGUGUGGGUAUCCCUUUAUAGAGAUUUCUAAGAAAUGAGUAGAAAAAAAAUGUCUCACCUGAAGAAUGUAUGGCCAAAGAUGAUUCUUAUAGGAAGUUCUAGUACCCAGUAUAGUUUUUCUGCAGAUGGCUGCUGGGGUAGUUUACUUGCCAAUUUCCUACAAAGGAAAUGUGAUGUUAUUAACAGAGGAUUUUCUGGAUACAACACAAGGUGGUGCAAUAAAAUGAUUCCAUCUAUCUUAAGCGAGUUUGAUGCUAAAAACAUUUCCAUGGUUACUGUAUUUUUGGGUGCUAAUGACUCUAAUCUUCCCACCAACAAACAGCAGCAUGUUCCUUUGGAUGAAUUUAAACAGAACCUACUGGAAAUAGUUGAGAAAAUACAAUCCCAUGGUGUGCCUAGAGAAAAAGUUGUUAUUAUAGGACCACCAGCCAGUAACAUUUCAGCUUGGGAAAAAGACUGUCAAAUAAAUGAUAGGGUGUGCACUAAGAGUAAUACAGAAACAGCCAAAUACGCAAAGGCUUGUGUGGAAGCUGCCAGGGAAUCAGGAUGUUGUUCAGUAGAUAUGUACACAGAAAUGGUGAAAGAAAAAGACUGGGAAAACAUGCUAAAUGAUGGCCUUCAUCUCUCAUCAAGAGGUUCUGAAUAUUUGUUUGAACUAUUGAAACCAGUAGUUACCAAGGCAACAGCAGAAUUGCCUAUGUUAUAUCCAGAUUGGCAUCAAGUGGAUACUGAUAAUCCAGAAUUACCCUUCAAUGGAAAAUGAAACUAUCACUGAAAUGAUAUGAUAUGAUUUAAUUUUUAUAUAUAUAAAGCUUUUUAAGACAAAUAUAUUUUAUAAAGCAUAUAUGUAUAUGAUCAAAUGUGCCUUUAUUUGUUUGUUUUUUUUUUUUUUAUGCUCCACCUAGGGGCAUUAUGUUUUUCGGUCUGUGCGUCCAUUCGUUUGUCCGUUCAUCCGUCUGUCUGUCCCGCUCCAGGUUAAAGUUUUUGGUCAAGGCAGUUUUUGAUGAAGUUGAAGUCUAAUCAACUUGAAACUUAGUGCACAUGUUCCCUAUGAUAUGAUCUUUCUUUAAUCCCAAAUUAGAGUUUUUAUCCCAAUUUCACGGUCCACUGAACAUAGAAAAUGAUAGUGCCAGUGGGGCAUUCGUGUUCUAUGGACACAUUCUUGUUUUAUAUGAUAUGACUUGCAUUCCCCCAUUUGGGUUGUACUCUACUCUGAAGUCACCAGGCAGUCACUUAAUUGUACAGUUUAAAAAUGUGCUUUGACUUUUUAUAAUACCCACUGAGGAUUUAUUUUGCUUUCAUAUUACUUAGUCUGAAACUGCUCUGGCAUCUGACAGCCUUUUAUUGGGACAUAAUGGGGACCAUGCCUAAAGUUCCUCAAACAUCAAGGCAAUCUCAGACUACUUAUUACUAGUACUCAGAUUUUGUAUCAAGAGUGGCUAGAUAUUUUGGCAGGAACUUACUAAUGCAGAAUUGUAAGAAUGCCAUUGAUUUUUCAGAUCUGCUAGACAGUCACUUUCUGUUUGAAGUUACUUUGAAUUUUUAUUAUACCCACUGUACUUGGAUUUUUUUGUCUAUGUCUAGUUAUGAGUUUGGGUACAGUUUGCACACAUCUUGUUUACAAAUUAUUGACAGAGAAAGAAUGUUAGCCACUAAUUUUGUAAGAAAUAUAUUUCUAUUUUGAACAAGAUGUACUGUGAAUAACAUUGUCUCAUGUAAUUAAAACAUUUAAAACAGCUGUUAAAUUUUUGAUCAUGAUACAAAUGGUUUUUGAUUUGAUAACAGCCAAAUAUAUUAAUUGCUGCUUUAUAUAAAAUCUUUAUACUGUUGCAAUUAAGGCUAUUUACUUCGUUAAUAUUAAUAUAUUGUACAUAUAAUGAAAUUUUACCCAUUCAGAAAAUUGGUUUUCUUGUCAGUAGUAGUCUAUUUAAAUGACAUUAGAAGUGAGUGGUAAGACUUUAUUUAUUAGGAGUAAGAAUAAGUUGGGUAAUAUGUCAUCAUGCCAAUUUGGUUUUAUAGUAUAAAAGAACAAGAAUCUUGUUUAUUUAGUCAUAGCACCACUUAUAAUACCCAUUACAGGAUACUUUUGGUUAGACAUCAACAAAUCAGUUGUGGAAGAAAAUGUUUGGUCAGGUGUUUAGAAUGACUGUAAAGUGUUUAAGUUCAUUUGAUUACAACCUCAUUUUCAUGGAUCAUUGAUUAUCCUUACUUAUAUGAAAUCUGUAGUAAUACUGAUCCUAAAACUUUUAACAUAAGAUUCAUUUAUAAUCAGAAAAGCAGUCAGGACAUUUCUGCAUACAUACAGGAUCCAAGGUCAUUAGUAAAUUUAUAUUUAAGUCCAUCUUCUAUUUGGCUGAUAAAUAAACAGAAAGAGAAAUGCUAGUGCAAAUGGAUUGAAAAUGUUAUCAACCACAAACAAGGUUUUGAUUUUAUUAAUUUGUCUAGUAUUUUUCAAGACUCUACCGUUCAAAACUUUACACCUCCAUAUUUUGAUAACAUUGAGCCACCUAUAAUUUCUUAUUCGUAUAAAAAAAACCAGUAGAAGUUUAAUUUUUAAUUAUACGUCAGUUACAUCAGACGUCAGUAUAGAAAAUUAUGCUCCUUCAACAUGAGACUGUGAAACAUCAAAAGUUUAGAUAUGAUCCCUAUGGCCAUGUAAUUACAGGGGACCUCAACAUCGUUCAAGACCAAGAGGUUAUAAAAUUUCUGAAAAAAGGACCAAAAUAUCGUCCAUUGUCGAAAAUAAAUUAGGAAGAGUGUCGUCAGGUGAUUAAAGAUGCUCUUUCAUCCUAUUGUAAAAAAAAGUGUAAACGGGAGAAAUCUGACAAAAAGUCACUUGAUUCCUAUUUAAAUAUUAAAAUAUUAAAAUGUCUGAAUAUUGUUGAUAUUCGCAUAUCACAUUUCGAAAAUAAUUUAGAAAUAAAUUAAAGAGUAAGUAACACGCUCAUUUCUAGGAUUAAAAACAAAAUUCAAGUACUAUCAAAGCGUUUUGUGUUUGUACUGGCCUACAAUGCAGCCAACAAUGUGGUAGUGGUAUGACGUAAAUACUACACGGAAGUCCUUAAGAAUGAAAUUAUACAUUCAACUACAUUCAAGGCCGUACGCUCCACAGAAAGUCAUAUAGGAAAUAAUCAUGUCACUACCACAGCUCAGCUUAAGGCCUCCUCUGAACAUUUGAAGGUCCCCACUAUGUAUUGGUUACCUAAACUACACAAAAAACCCGUAAAAUAUUGUUUCAUCUUGGCCUCUAGUAAGUGUUCUACUACUAAUCUUUCAGUGCUUUUAACGAGUUCCUUAACUAAUGUCAAAGAACUUAUCAUUAAUUUUUGUAAUAAAACAUAUGAAAAGAGUGGAAUUAACCAUUUUUGGAGUGUAAAAAAUUCUUUGGAUGUUUUAGAUAAAUUACGUGCUUUUGAUGGUCUUUUUGAUUUGGUUGACAGUUUUGACUUUUCCACUCUUUAUACGGUGUCUUCCGGAUUGAAAUUACAAGUAAAAUAGUAAUGAAAUUUUGUGGGACAACUGGGAAUAUGUUUUUGGGACAAUUGGGAAGUUUAAAUGUGGGACAAUCGGGAAUUGUUUUGAUAAUGAAUAAUUUGUGUUUAUAGUGUGUAGCAGUUAAUUACAGAUUACUAACCAUUGUAACUUAUAAAAUAUGAAAUAAACAUGAUCAAAUAAUAA